CAUCCAAUUUCCAUUUUUACACAUAAUUUUGAAUAUAUAGUUUAGUGUGUAAAUAACAAUAUGGCGGGAGGAGAAACUACCUUCAACGUUGGAGAUGUCGUCGAGGUCUACGGUGUCCGUGGCACCGUCGAACUUGUAGGAUCCCGAGAAUACAUCAACAGGGGAAAUGGAGAUGUCUUGAGACAUAUAAUUGGUGUCAGGACCGAUAAGCCGCUCAAAUUAGCCACAAAUUAUGGGCCAAUGCUUGGAGUUAAUGACAGUGCAAUCGCUUGCGUUCCAGUGACGUCAGUAAAGCAAUAUAAUGAACAAGAAGCAGCAGCCACACGCAUCCAAGCAUUCAUAAGGAUGUACAUGGUGAGAGCAAAGUACAUACAAGAAGUGGCAUUUCGUUUCUGGGAUCACAUGGAAAGCUUACAGGAGCAGCGCACACUCGCAAGUAAACGUGACGUUUAUUUGCCUAUUCUCAACCAUAUCAAAAAGAUAUACAACACGACCACCCAAGAACCGGGGCAACCAAAGAAACGCUUCUCUGAUGUCUUCGAAGAGAGUGACCCCCAAAAGUAUCCAGAAACAACAUACAACGGUCCCAAACUCGGGAGCAAAGUUACAUCAAAGUUUGCUAAUGAACUACUAGACGCUUAUAAAUCAGGGCAAAUCAGCACCGUGCCUAUUGAAUACGCACAGCGAAUCCUUGUCGAUAUGCUAGAAUGGUAUCGCAGCAAUGACAAUGGAGCCAUCAACACCGUGGAGGUCCCACCACAUGAAAAUGGAAACCUCAUUGUAGUUGGAGAUUUGCAUGGGCAGCUAAACGAUCUUUUGUGGAUAUUCUUUAAAUUCGGACCUCCAUCAAGUAGAAAUGUCUACCUCUUUAAUGGAGAUAUUGCAGAUCGUGGAAUGGGAGCCACUGAUAUAUUUAUGCUACUCUUCUCAUUUAAAUUGGCCGAUCCAUCGUCGGUAAUCAUUAAUCGUGGAAAUCACGAAUCUGAGGAUAUGAAUGAAGCAUAUGGUUUUGCAAGGGAAGUACGGAUGAAGUACGACGGUCAUAUAUACAAACUAUUCCAACGCAUCUUCUGGGAAUUGCCACUAGUAAUCAUUAUAGAAAAACGUAUUGUAGUGGUCCACGGGGGUCUUUUCAGGCAUGAUGGAGUUACGCUGGAUGUUAUAAGCAAGGUGAAUCGAAAGAGAAUGUGCCCAGCAUCGCCGGACACCUUCGAGGAUAGUAUCGUAUUCGACUUACUUUGGUCUGACCCACAAAGUAAAAAUGGGAGGGAUGUCAGCAACAGGGGCGCUGAUUGUAUCAAGUUUGGACCAGAUGUUACCGCUGCCUUCCUAGAUCUUAACAACUUGGAGGUCUGUAUCAGAUCACACCAAGUGCCCAGUACGCUCAAGGGAAUUGACACUACCCAUAACGGAAGGUGUGUCACAUUGUUCUCAGCAUCAAACUAUUGCCAAACCACAGGCAACACCGGUGCAAUCCUAAUUUUCAGUAAACAGCUACAUUUUGAAGUCAAAGAGUAUAUGGCACCAUCACUUGAUUCUAUACAUGCACUCGCUAACAACACCAACAUGGUGACGACAAAACUAAUAGAUGCGGCUCUAUCUUCCCAAAUGGAAAAUGAAACAAAGAUGCCCAAAAGAAGCACUUCAGAAAAAAUGUUGAAUGAUAUUGUUAUCAAAAUUGCCGAAGUUGUCUGUGAAAAUAAACAGGCGCUCUGGCUGCAUUGCUACAAAUAUGAUACUGCAAAAAGCGGUUAUGUAGAUCCUGCAUUGUGGACGGAGGGGCUUUCAGAUAUAGUGGGUAUUCAAAUACCACGCUUGUUCUCAGUGUACAUGUUGGACGCCAUAGAUCCUCAAACGGGUAAGGUUCCGUAUAAUGACGUACUAAAAAGGUUUUCCAUCGGCUUCGACCCAGUGGGUCAAAGCCACAAAAACUUACAAAGAGAGUGUAUCGCUCACAUUUUCGACACCAUGGUAAAGGCAGAUCUCAGCUUGAGGGAAAUAUUGAUGGUAUUCGACCGUAACUUGGAUGGUGUUGUUUCAUACUCUGAUUUGGAUGAAGCAAUCAGAAAGCUCAAUGUUGGACUCUCUAACCCACAAAUCAAAAUUCUGAUGAGAACUAUAUUCAGCAGUUGUCUUGACCAAGGUGGAAAAGCUGACAUUGUUGAAUUCCUGAGUAAACUCAAGGUAAUAUACUCUGCAUCUACAAGGUACAAGGUUAAAGAAGAGUGGAUGGAAGCAGCACUACCAGCAAUCGGGAAAGUCAUACUUUCUGAUAGAGCGGAAGCCGCAGCAAAGUAUUACAACCCCAAUCUGGACAGUAAUCCAGCUCUUGCGAAAGCAGUUGAGGAAGAAACUUCCAGAAGGCGUUCUUCUGCUAUCAGGGCAGUGGCACUUUUCCAAAAGUUCCAAGAUUACGAUAAAGUGGGAGGUGGUCUACUAUCCUAUAAUGACUUUGCGGAAGCCAUCAAAAAGCUAGACCUCAGCAAAGCAGAGCAAGAACUAGGUUUUCAGAUUACAGAUCAACACUUGUUGGAAAUUGCCCACACGAUAGAUGUAACAAAUACGAAGAAAAUCAACUAUCUUGAAUUCCUUCAGGCAUUCUACGUUGUGGACCAAAACAAGUAUUCAGUUGUUAACGAGAUGUGGGACCACGUAUGCAGCACUUUGUACAAGCACCGCAGUAGCUUAAGGCAGGCUUUCCACUCAUAUGACAGAAGUCAUAAUGGCAGUAUCUAUAUUCAUGAGUUCAAAGAAGUGCUACAUGCCCUUUAUGAAACUCUUGGAUACACUGAGGCUCCAUUUACCUUUGAGCAGACUGAAAUUUUGGUCGAAUGCAUCGAUACAAACGAAGAGGGAAUGAUCAUGUACAAUGAAUUCUUAGAAUCAUUCCAUCCCCAAUAUAACAUAAACAAACAGUAAAAACGCUGAACAUUCUUUCUAAUAUUGAAACCCACAUCGC